AUGGAUGUUAUGCAAUAUAACACUACCUAUGUGCAUAAAAUAAACAAAGAAGUGGUUGAGGAUAGAGUUUCAGGACGGAACCCUUCAGCGACCACCUUAACAGAGCCACGCCCCGACACCGAACUGGACAGAGAUUCAAACCUUGUCACUUGGGAAGGGUCAAAUGACCCGGAGAAUCCCAAGAACUGGCCUAAUAGCCUGCGAUGGAAGAACACCUGGGCAGUCUCUCUCUUUGUUUUCAUCUCACCCAUCUCGUCGUCGAUGGUUGCUCCCGCAAUGGCCAAUCUCGCAGAGUCUCUGGGCAUGCACACUGAAAUCGAGACGUAUCUGUCCUUGAGUAUCUUCAUUCUCGCCUACUCCAUCGGUCCUAUCUUCUUCGGUCCUGCGUCGGAGCUCUACGCUCGUGUACGUUUGCUUCAGGUCAGUAACAUUUGGUAUCUGGCCUGGAACUUGGGAUGUGGUUUCGCCACGACGAAAGCUCAGCUUUUUGCUUUUCGUUUCCUCGCUGGUAUAGGUGGCAGUGCUCCGCUAGCCAUUGGGGGAGGAGCUAUCAGCGACAUGUGGACGGCCGAAGAACGCGGCAAGGCCAUGGGUGUCUACACUCUGGGGCCGCUUCUUGGUCCUGUUAUCGGGCCCAUCGCUGGUGGCUUUAUUGCCGAGCAUUCUACAUGGCGCUGGGUAUUCUGGUCUACCUCUGCCGCUGCUCUCGCGGUGCAGGGCGUUGGACUCCUCUGGCUGCGAGAGUGCCACCCGGGCACGCUCCUACGGAGGCGAUGCAACCGUCUGGCAAUGGAAACGGAGAACACAAAUCUCCAUACCGAGGAUCCCGAUGAAACACUUGGCUACAAACUACUUCAUGCCUUCGAGCGACCGGUACUGAUGUUCACGACACAGCCGAUCGUCUUCUGCAUGGCUAUCUACAUGGCCUAUCUCUUCGGAAUCGCGUAUCUGAUGUUUGCGACUUUCCCCAUGAUUUGGACAGGGGUCUACCAUGAGAGCCCGGGAAUUGGCGGCCUCAACUAUCUCUCCAUUGCCAUCGGAUCCAUUAUUGGUCUCUUUGUCAACCUCAAGCUUGUCGACCGCAUCUACAAAAUCCUCAAAGCACGGAACAACGACGUCGGUAAGCCCGAGUUCCGCAUGCCAUCGCUGUUGGUUGGCUCCGUUAUCAGCACCAUCGGGCUCUUCUGGUACGGCUGGAGCAUUGGUAACACGCACUGGAUCAUGCCCAACAUUGGCGCGGGGAUAUUCUCCCUGGGCACCAUUUCCUGCCUGCAGGGCAUGCAGACUUACAUUGUCGACAGCUACCAAACCUACGCUGCGAGUGCCAUGGCCGCUUCUGCUGUUCUUCGCAGUUUGUGUGGCUUUGGAUUUCCGCUCUUUGCUCCUUACAUGUACAAUGCUCUGGGGUAUGGGUGGGGAACCAGUGUGCUAGCUUUCAUCACCGCAGUCAUUGGUUGGGGAUCACCGUUUGCGUUCUGGUAUUUUGGUCCUAAGCUCCGUGCUAUUUCCAGAUAUGCCGCUGGCUAA